AUGCUUGCUUCGAAGCCAUUAGAGCUGAUCAACCCUAUCUUGUCUCUUGGUAUUGUUCUGCAAAAAGGAGCGGAGGAACGACAGCAUGACAAUACCACCUGUCCGACCAGAAGCUUCGAAUCCCCUCCCCCCGUCGUGGUCGCCCGACGGACAAGGGAGACGGAAGCACGCCGACUCAAGAAGCCGGCUAAGUCUGCUUUUAGGCAGACCUCUGGCCCGAAGGGACCGAGGAGGGUGAACUGGGAGACCGAGGGUUUCCUGUACAACGAUGUUCGACAUUUCUUUGUCGACAAUACGCCCGAGAGUGUGGCGCGAAUUGGAUACGGAUUCCGAAAGGAGUCGCGUGAAGAUGGGGUGUUUCUGGCACCCACCCGAGUGGGCGCCUACGGACCUAGUGGUCCAAGUGAUUGGUGCCCUCGUCGUGGUUGGGAUACCAGUCUUUGCGGGCCGGUGGCUUCAAGGGUUGAGGGGGGGAGGAAUCAGGGUCUGGAGAUCAUGCGGGGUACAAGUGGAGGAGCUCUUGGUGGUGAGCGGUGUACUUGUGCCCCGUCGGUCCCGCCUGAUUAUGGUGGUGGCUUAUGUGGAGGAUUUCCUUGGCUCGAUGGUGUUGGUGGUGGUGGAGGGCUUGUUCUGGUGUGUUCUGGACUUUGUCGACGGAUCCUUGUGCUGCUCCCGAGAAGGCUCCCUGGAUCUUUCGUUUCUUCGACAUCGUCCGCUUCCAUAUUCUUCUGUCACUUCUUUGCUGUUCAUGGUCAGGGGCGACUUCCUCUUGCUCCCGAGAAGGCCUGA